GAUCAGAAGCAACGUGAAAAUGAUCAGAUGCGCCUCAUUCGCCUCUCUGGCUGUAAUGCGCGCUCCGGACGCAGGGGGAACAGAUAUUCACAGAGAAACUGAAUUUCGCACCCAGAGGCAAGACAAGCUUACACUUCGCUGGAAGAAAGACCCGAUGCCCAUCAACUCUGGCUCCCAAUUCGACCGAGGCUCCACACUCAACCCAAAAGAUCACAAGAAUUACUGCAACGGGUUUGGAGACUGGACAAAGAUCACAAAAGUGAUGAAGAUUUGGAACGUUUGAAAGAUAACUACCAACUCUGCUUUGUUCCCAUUCGGAGGAGGAUUCGUCACACCAAGACAAGAUUGUGCCCAAGUGAAAAAAGUAGAACUUGAAUUUGCUGGUGUGGAUCUUCAGAACACUGUGGUGAGUCGGUCAGAACUCCAAAGAACGCAGAGUCGUACUCCAGGUGUUGCAUACCAGGAAACUUUAGAGCUGACUGAGUUUUUCUGGUCACACAAAACUUCAGGACAAGAUGACAGAAACUCCCCUAAAACAAUGGAAGAGUGGUCUCUUUGACUGCUUUGAAGAUGUCAGUACUUGUUGCUAUGGUUUCUGGUGCUGCCCUUGCCUUGCCUGCACUGUUUCAAGAAGAUUUGGAGAGAACCCCUGUUUGCCUUUAUGUGACAUCCUGACUUGUUGUACAAUUCCUCUGGGUGGGACUCCUUUCACUAUCCCCCCUGCAGCAUUGGCUUUGAGGGCUUCCAUUCGUGUCAAACGGGGCUUACAGGGUUCCCUCUGUACCGACCUGGUUGCUUCCUGUUGCUGUGUCUGGUGCUCCUGGUGUCAGAUGCAUCGUGAACUAAAGGAUGAUACUCCUCACGUUGUUGUGGUGCAGCAGCCCCAGAUGCUGCAGUCUCCAAAUUUCAUGAUGGUUGAUCAAAACUCUGCUCCACUUCUUGCUGGUUUUCAUAACCCCGCUCAAGGCCAUGGUGGGUUUCAAAACUCUCCUCAAAAUCCUGGCGGGUUUCAAAAUCCUCCUCAAAAUCCUGGUGGGUUUCAGAAUCCUCCUCAAAAUCCUGGCGGGUUUCAAAAUCCUCCUCAAAAUCCUGGUGGGUUUCAAAAUCCUCCUCCAAAACCUGCUGGGUUUCAAAAUCCUCCUCCAUAUCCUGAUGAGUGUCAAAAUCCUCCUCCAUAUCCUGAUGAGUGUCAAAUUCCUCCUGCAUAUCCUGAUGAAUUUCAAAAUCCUUCUUAAACUACUGAUGGCUUUGAAAAUCUUCCUGAAAAUCUUGCUGGGUUUCAAAAUCCUCAAACCCCAGAUGGAUUUUUAAAUCCUUCCCUUGUUGGUUUGAAUUCCUAACAAAAAAUGAAAAUAUUUGCAAACAUUUACGUUCAUCAGAUCAGUCGUGAUCAUGUAAUUGUGUUUAGUUUUAACUUUAUCCAGUAAAUUCACUGUCAAUGCUUCAAAUAAAAGUGAUGGGAGUUGAAUAUGA